AUGGAAGCAAAACUUGGCAGUAACCCUUCGUGGGGUUGGAGGAGUAUAUUGGAGGGAAGGAAUAUUGUGAAGCAAGGACUUCUCUGGCAAGUGGGGAAAGGAGACAAGAUCAAUGUCUGGACUGACCAGUGGGUUCCUUCACUCCCAGGAUUUAUAAUUCCUCAGGAAAAACCCCGUAAUUGUGCAGUAAACAAGGUCUCGGAUCUUAUAGACCACGACAACCAAUCUUGGAAUCGUAUACUACUGCACCAGCUAUUUACUAAGGAGGUUGAAGAUGCCAUUCUCAAGAUUCAAGUCCCUCUGUUUCCUCGAGAGGAUAGGCGUGUGUGGGGAGCUUCGAAGGACGGGAGGUAUUCUGUGAAGUCAGCAUAUUUCCUACAAUGCAAGCCAAAACCUGAGCACAACCAUUUCAAGCCAAGGCCUUCGCGGAUUAGCAGAUGGGGUGCUACACCUUCUGCUGUUUGGAAGACAAUAUGGGGAUGUCAAACUAUGCCGAAGAUAAGGACUUUCUUAUGGAGAGCGUGCGCAGCAGGUCUGGCUACCGGGGAGGGAUUUAUGAUCAGACAUGUUAAUAUCGAUCCCCAGUGUAUGCGAUGCGGCGUAAGUGUGGAAAGCCCAGAUCAUACCAUCCUCCACUGCCCCUUUGCUAAAGUAGUCUGGUUUGGUAGCCCCUUACUAUUUCGAGUACCAGAUAAGGAGGAGUUCUCGCUUCAGAAUUGGAUUGAAGGUUGGUUGGAGUGGAGGAAGGUGGGGAAAAAGCAAUUUAGAGAGCUAAGUGGCCUUUGUUCCUUCUUAGCCUGGUUGUUGUGGCUGGCGCGAAAUGCCUAUGUGAGGGGUCAGAGGAAGAUGUCCCUUGAGGAAGUAAUUCAAGCAGGGAUUAAGGCUCACUGUGGCUACUUGGGUUGUUUAAAGGAGUCAGUGGUACUUCAAGAGGGGUUGACACCACCUGUACAACAAAGUGAGGUGGUUUGGACAACGCCUACCCAACCUUUCCAUUCGAUUUGCACGGAUGCUUUGUGGUCUCCAGAUCAUAAGCGAGGUGGUCUUGGAGUCGUCAUCAAGAACUAUCGGGGAGAGUUGAUCUUCGCAAAAUUAGAUCCAAGUAAAUUUGAUAGUAUGAUUAUUGGAGAAGCGCUUGCAAUACGGCUUGGCCUGCUGGAGGCAAUUUCGGAAGGGUUGGAGUUCAUUAAGGUGGAGUCAGAUAAUCAACAGGUGAUCAAUUACCUUAAUGCUUCAACUAUGUCGGCUCCCCUACAGCUUCAAUCGGUGCUCCAAGACAUCCUACAUAUUGCAGCUUAUUUUUCUGAUUGUAAAUUCACUUUCAUCCCUAGAGAGGCAAAUGAGGUUGCCGAUUCUCUAGCUAGGAAGGCCCUGUCAAUGAGCUUAAAUCCAAUUCUAAAAGAUGUAAUAAAGAUUCUAUUGAUUUAUGGAUACUUCUUGAUUUUUGUGAUCUCCUCUUCCUAUAUCGAUGCUAGGCAACAUGGGGACUCCACCAUCAAGGUCGUCGCCUAUGUUCAAUACGCCUACUUUGCCUGGGUUCAAUACGCCGGUGAGAGCUACAGAAGAUGUAUUGGAAAUGGACGUGAUUGA